CGGCGGGCGCGCGCGGCAUUGGCGGGCGCGCCGUUGUGAGGUCACUUCCGGUGGCGGCGACGCCGGUGUUGGGGCAGGCGGUAGCGCGGCCCCGCGCCAGAGCAAGACCCGGACCCGCCCGCUGCCGCCAUGGCCUCGCUGCUCAAGGUGGAUCCGGAGGUGAAGCUCAAGGUUGACUCCUUCAGGGAGCGGAUCACAAGUGAGGCUGAAGACCUGGUGGCAAACUUUUUCCCAAAGAAGCUGUUAGAACUUGAUGGGUUCCUCAAGGAGCCUAUCCUGAACAUCCACGAUCUCACUCAGAUCCACUCGGACAUGAACCUCCCGGUGCCUGACCCAAUUCUCCUCACAAACAGCCAUGAUGGGCUGGAUGGGCCAAAUAUGAAAAAGAGGAAGCUGGAAGACCCCGAAGAGACCUUUCAGGGUACCAAAGUGUUUGUGAUGCCUAAUGGGAUGCUGAAGAGCAACCAGCAGCUGGUGGACAUCAUUGAGAAAGUGAAACCAGAAAUCAGGCUGCUCAUUGAGAAGUGUAACACGGUCAAAAUGUGGGUGCAGCUUCUCAUUCCCAGGAUAGAAGAUGGAAACAACUUUGGUGUCUCUAUUCAGGAGGAAACAGUGGCUGAGCUUCGAACUGUGGAGAGCGAGGCAGCAUCCUACCUGGACCAGAUUUCUAGAUACUACAUCACAAGAGCAAAGCUGGUCUCCAAAAUAGCCAAGUACCCUCACGUGGAGGACUACCGCCGCACGGUGACCGAGAUCGACGAGAAGGAGUACAUCAGCCUGCGCCUCAUCAUCUCCGAGCUGAGGAACCAAUAUGUCACUUUGCAUGACAUGAUCCUUAAAAACAUCGAGAAGAUCAAGAGGCCUCGGAGCAGCAACGCUGAGACCCUCUACUAAGUGUCAAUGUUUGAACUUGAGAACUGUUCAGUCAACUGAAGACCGUCAUUGCCUUGGUUUGUUACGUGACUAUGGAGAUGGGAAGCUGGCUGGAAAUAGUCUUGCAUUGUUAGUUAAACUCUAAAGAAAUUCUCGCCUAGUUUUGUGAUUGGUUUUGUUCAGGCCUCAGGAGCUCUCCCUCCCUCUAGUAACUGGUAAUGGGAAGGCUGCUUUGGGGUGCCCUAGGGGCUGCUGCAGAGAGCACCAGCCAGGCAGGAACAUUCCUUCAUGCCUUGCUUCCUACCCGAGUAGGAACCACAGUAGAGACCAAGCCCUUGCCCUGUCCCAUCUCCUGUCUGGAGGUUUCACUGGGGUCCCUGGGGCAGGCUGUUCAGCAGGAGGGUGAGCCCAGGUGGUGGGGCAGUGUGGGGAAGCUUCUUCCUCACUGCUGGCUGUAGCUGUGCCCCUCUGCCAAGGGGGGACCCUGCCCCUUCGGGGCUCUGCACUCCUGUUCUGCCCUCGCUGCCUCCUGCCCUGCCGGCUGUGGUGCAGAGUGCUGGGUGGUGCUGGGGGCUGGGGGCUGCCCUGCUGCUCGGCAGCUCAGGUGGCUUCUGCUCCUCUUUGCCAUUCAGCUGGAGCUACUUUCUUGGCUGAAACCAAUGUUACUUCACAUAGGGUUUAGUGCUCCUUCAGCAGAAGCUCUUGCCCAGGCUGAGGGAAUGGAGAGGCUGGAGGUCUGAUGCUGAAGCCCUGGUGGUCUCCAUACCUGGACAGACAGAGCUGCUGCCUCCUGGCAGAGCUCCCUGCUGCAGGGCAGAGCUGGCCAGCUGAGGCAGCUUGGGGUGAAGGUGGCCAGUGCCUGCCCAGGACCUCUGCAGACCUUGCAGUCUUUCCCUGCAUGGGCACAGCUGUGUGCCCAGUGACUGCCAGCCACUGGGACGUUUGGUGCUCCACUGCAAACCACCUCUGGGGUGGCUGGCUGUGUCCCACCAGCCUGUGUGUGGCUGCAGGCUGCUCCAGGACGUUUUAUUUAUUUCUGCUGAAGUGCUCUGCUGGGGAGGGGUGAAUGAUCUGUUCAGGAACCUUGCUGGCACACCUGGAUGCCCUCCUUGUGCAGUACCUUGCAGUAGUGUUGCCCUCGUUGUGCCCAUGGGGACAAAUGGAGCAAGCUCCCCCUGCCCUCCUUUUUGUACAUCGUUUCUUCUGCCUCCACACCUGGGAGCUCUCUUGUCUCUUGCUGGUUUCCCAGGCCUUUGCCUAAGAGUGUGGGGGGCUGCUGGCCCUUUGCUAUCGACUCUUCUGUUGUUUGUAGUCAGUCAGCUCUUAGUCUUCCCGCUAAUAAAUAUUCAGUAACAAACCAACUGCGUCCUGGCUGCUGUCUGGGAGCAGCCCAGCCCCUCCUGCUCCUUUGUAUUGAUGAUUCCUUUGAACCUGUUUGGCUCUGCCUGAUCAAAGUGUGUAAACUUUACCAUGUCAAGAAAUUAAAACAAGGUA